AUGGCAAUAGACAAAUCACGUCGUUCGAAUAGUAAUGCUCAAGAGUGUGGAUUGGCGAUCAAUGAAUUGAUCGAUAGGUUGACUUGUGGCGGAGAACACGGAACACACGAAGAUCCGUUUGUCAUUACCUUUUUCUGUGUUUAUAGAACUUUUAUGAAACCAAGAGAGGUUUUGGAAAAGUUGAUUGAAAAGUACGAGAAUAGUAGAAAUGCUGGUGAAAGAGGAAACUCUGCACAGCAAA